AUUUAAUAAUUAAAAUUAAGAUUAUUUUAAUUUAAAGUAUGUACAAUACUAUAGAAUACAGCAGGUAAGAAAUAUUGCUAUUUAAUACAUGACGAUAAAACAAUUUGAAAAAUGACUGUUUGUUGAAAAACAACAAAUAUUCUUGUGGAAUUUGUUGUCAACCUUGAAUCGUCAUGGACAUAGACAUGGAGUCUGAGACAAUAACAACAAUUGUACAUGAACCAAAUGAUGGAGGUGGUGUUGUUGAUAAACAUGAUCAUGAUUUUGAUGACAGUACAAAUCAAUCUGAACGAUUAACAAAUGAUGUUGAGGAAGAACCAACAAGUACAGAUACAGAUACAAAAACAAUCGUAGACGAAACACAUACAAAACAAGAAAAUGAAGAGGUUCUUAAAGAUAUUGAACAAGCUAGUGUAAUAGAUACAAAACAAGAAGUUAAAGAGGAUGACCAACAAAUUAAAGAAGAUGUAAAAACUUCAGAGGAGACAUCUGUCAAAGACAAGCCAGAUAAAAUAAAAUCACGAGAAUUAAAGUCAUUAAUAGCUGCUGCAAAAGAAUCCAAUUUAGACACAAAUAUUGUACACAAACGCAAAAGUAUUCAAGAUAAUACCGAUGGAGGUACAAGUGGAGCAACAUCAUCUCCAAGUACACUUGGUACAAGUACAGGCAAUAAUACUACACCAACAUCUCAUAUAAAACGUAAUAUGAGGUCACAAAAUCCCGAGUUCGUUGCCAAACAUCAUAAAUUCAUAACAAAAUGUAUUACGAAUGAUAACAUCGAAGAUGAAAGAGAAUCGAACUCAAUCAGUGAUGAUAAAACAUCACUUAAACGUAAAAGAGACAGCAUAUCAAGUACAAAUACAAGUAUAAGUGGUGGGAGUGGCAGUGGUAGUCCAAUGACUGAUGAUAAAAAACAGCCAUCAAAGAAGUUAUUAAAAUUAGACACAAAUGUACAAUUAAUUAAGUCAGGGCAAGAUAUUUAUUGUUGGCAAUGCCAUAAAGAUGCUAUUCAAAUACAAUGUGUGGCAUGUGUACGAUCGUAUCAUUUACGAUGUCUGCGACAUGCAAUGCCCGUAUGUGAGAAUUGGACCUGCAGCGAAUGUAUGUUGUGCUUAGAAGCAGAAAAUGUGGAAUCACGUUCAUUAGCUAGACAACGUUUAAACGAUCAACAAUUUCAACAAGUUUUAAAGUUUGCAUUAAAACGUAUGAUAAAUGUAAGUGGUGCUGAACCAUUUAAAAAUGCUGUGGAUUCAAAUGAAUUAAAUGAUUAUUAUCAAUAUGUGGUGCAUCCCAUGGAUCUUAAUCAAUUGAAAUACAAUAUUGAUCAAUUUAAAUAUAAGAGUACACAAUCGUUCAUUGCUGACACUAAAUGGAUAUUACAUAAUAGUAUGAUUUACAAUUCAUCUCAAUCAAAAUUAACAUCAAUAGCAAAAAGUAUUGUAAAAACAUGUAAAAUAGAAAUGGCUGAAAUAGAAACAUGCCCAGAAUGUUAUAUUAAUGCCAAUACACAUAAAGAUACCUGGUUUAUUGAAGUCUGCUCAAAACCACAUAUAUUAGUAUGGGCUAAAUUAAAAGGCUUCCCAUUUUGGCCAGCUAAGGCUGUUAAUACAAAUGAUACAACUGGAAUGGUUGAUGUACGUUUCUUUGGACAACACGACAAAGCAUGGGUACCGGUAAAAGAUGUUUACUUAUAUUCAAUUAAAGAUCCAAAUACAUUAAAUAAACAUCAAAAGAAUAACAUUGUUGAAUCUUUAAAAGAAGUGGAAUUACAUAUUGAUAAAUUAAAAAAACGUUUUGGUACAUUUGUACCAGCUACUGUUCGUACACCAUUUGAACCAAAUAAUGAAUUACAACAAUUAAAAAUGUUACUACCGAAUUAUCAACAGUCAUUACCAUUAAUUAAUAUUAAUAGACAACCACAAAUAAAACUUAACAAAAAAAUUUUUAAUAAUAAUUAUAAUAAAAAUAAAAAUCAUAAUAACGCUAAUAGCAGUGUUGGUUAUGGUACUGAAGACGAUGAAGUUGAUGAUGAAGAUAAUGAUAAUGACAACAAUAGCGAUAAUAAUGAUGAUGAUGGUGACGAUGAUAAAGAACAAGAUCAAGAUAGUGAUAAUUCAUCUACGGCAAAGACUUACGCACGUAGUAAAAUUGAACGGACGCCAGUACGUAGUAGUAAUGCAUCCUCACGUACCAGUAGUACAGGAGCGGCUGCUACAUUUGAUAAACCAAAUACAUCAUUUUCACAGGUAACAAAUACAAUAGCAUCCAGUAGUGCGAGAAAACGUAGAAGAAGCAGUAUUAAAAGGCGAGAUAGCGAUGUCAGCUCAACAAAAAGUUAUAAAAGUGAUACAUCAAGUGUCGAUCAUUUAAAAAUUAAUAAAAUUGAAUCAUUCAAUGAAAUGACUGAAAUUAAAUUAACUGGUGUAGCUGUACCAGCUUCGGCAACAACCAUUAAUAAAACAACAACACCGCCAAUAGACAAAAUAACAUCUCCAAUUAAAAUAACAAAACCCAUAAUACAAGUGAAUCCAAUUGAACUAAUUAAUACAAACACGGAAAUACAAUUAUUGACAUCAACAACAGUACAAAAUAAUAUCGAUAAUACUGAUAAAGAUGAUAAACAACAGGAAGAAUUAUUAGUUAAUAAAACAAUAAUCAAUAAUAAACAACAACAAUAUGUAAAUAAAAAUAAAACAAGUGAAUUAAAAAAACACUUAUCAAAAAAUAAAGAUGAUGAUACCAAUCACAGUGUUAAUGAUGAUGAAGCUGAUAAUGAUAACGACGAUGAUGAUGAUUCACAAUCAUUAAAUAUUGAUGAACAAUUACCUGAGCAAGAAAAAGAUUCAGAUUAUGAACCAGAUGACACAGAUGAUACUGAUGAUGAUGAAAUUGAAGAUGAUGAAGAUGACGCUGAUAAUAUUAUAAAAGAUAAAAGUGUUGAAAAAGUUAAGGAUACUAAUAAAUUGAGUAUACCACCAAAACCAACUACAGAUGGAACAAAAGUUACGUUGGUUGAUGUUAAAAAAAUCAUUUUAGGUAAUGAAAACAAAAAUGACAAUAAUAAAAACAUCGAUACAACAAGUGCAACAUUAACAAAAACUGCAACAUUAACACCAUCUGCAACAUUAACAACAACUGCAACAUUAUCAUCAACAACAAUUACAACAACAAAUAUAUUAAAUAAAAUAACAGAUGAUAAAGAUAAAGUGAUAAAUAAUAAAAUACCAAACGUAGAGGAUAAACAUCAAGAACCUGAAAAACCACAACAAAAUAAUAAUAAGCAAGUAAUACCACCAAAUACUAUUAUUAAUAAUAAGCAACAAAUUGAUGAGCAAUUAGAUCCAAAUAUAGAUAUUAAAGAGGAAGUAUUAGAUGAUACAGAUGAUGAUGAUGAUACAACAUCAACAAUAGUAAAUAAUGAUAAACAACAACAAUUAUUACCAACAUUAAAUUUAUCACCAAAUGUGACAGUAUCAAAAAUAAAAAAAAAUAAAAAUGUAACACCUAUAGCGCCAGUGUUUAAUAAUUAUGUAUUAGUUGAUGAGAAUAGUAAAAUUAAAACAAAACCUUUAAUACAAUUACAACAAUCAAAUAAUACAACAACUAAAUUAACAAAUAAUGAUGAUAAUAUUAUAAAAACAAUUGAAAAUGUUGUUAAAGGUUGUGGUAAUUUAGUAAAAACACAACAAGAUGUACAGUCAACAAUACCACAAAUUCCUAAAAGGACUGCGGAACUAAAAGUAAUAAGUGUUGCGGAAAUAAAUAAAAAACGUCCAACAAUUAAUAUAUCGUCACCUUCCUCUUCAACAACAAUACAACCAGCAACAACUGGAACAGUGACAAUGCCAAUAACAUCAACCAAUAUGAAUGUAAAACAGAAAGCACGUAAAUCGUUUCCAAAUAAAAAUCAUGUACAACAUAUAACAUUAAAUACAACAGCAACUACCAAACGAAUUAAUACAACCAAUAAUAACAACAAUAACAAAAUGAUGAUGAUGAUGACAACGGCAACAAAUAAAACAUCAACAUCUGAUAAAGAUAAAAUGGUGUACAUUCCAUCAUCCUCAUGUAAUAGUACGCUCUCAUUAUCAUCCUUAACGUCUUCAACAGCAACAACGACUACACCUAGCGUUACAAUUUUACAACAGCCUCAACAACAACAGAAUACAACAUUUAAUACAACAAAGUUUAUAGUACCACAAAACAUUUUUACAAGUCUUCAACAAACCCAUUCUAAUGGGGGUGGCAUAGCACUUGUAAGUACUGGUAGUGGUGGUCAAACAAAAACAACACCCAUACAACAAAUAAUACCAAUACAGCAUGCAACAACAACAAGUACAACGGUUUUGAAUGAUGAAGUACAACGGAAUACCAAUGAUGGUUUACCACCAUUACGACCUAGACCCGGUACUAGUACAUCAAGUGGUAAUAGUAAUACAAUUAAAUUAAUAGGUCCAUUAAAUACAAUUUUAAAUGAUACUACAUCAAGUGCAGCGGCAAUACCAUCAUCAGCUGGACCUGUUGCACAGUUAUUAAAUAAAUCAUCACAACAAAUGAGUGAUUAUUUUAGAUCAAUAAUUAUUGAGACAUUAUCGGAUUUAUCAAGUAUUGGCUGUUUAGAGGCGAAAAUUAAACAAUUACAAAUGGAAUUGGAACAACAGAAACAUAAACAUUAUGAAGAGAUCACAUCAUUAAAAUAUGAAAUUGCUGCUUUAAAACAAACACAUUUAUCAGAAAAACAAAGAAUUGUACAUGAAACACGACAGGCAUGUGAACAAGAUAGAAUUCGAGCUGUUGAUGAGGCUAAAUCGAAACAAUGGUGUGCUAUGUGUUUAAAAGAAUCACAAUAUCGUUGUUGCUGGAGUACAUCGUAUUGUAGCUAUGUAUGCCAACGAAAUCAUUGGCCUACACAUCAAACUAAAUGCCAACAAAAUGUUGAAAAAAUAAUUAAUAAUAAUACAACAACGACAACAUUAACAACAAAUACAAAUACAACAUCAACAAUAGAUAACAACAGUGAAACUAUUAUUAAAACAGUUAAAAAUAAUAGUUAUAAUGCAACAAAUAAUAUAAAGAAUAAACAACAUCAAUUGACAAAUAAAAAUGUAGUAAAUAAGGCGAACACAAAUAAAUUAAAUUUAGUAACAUCAUCAAAGUCGAAUGGUCCUACACCAACAUCCUCGUCACCAUCUCCGUCAAGUGUAAGUGGUAAUGGUAAUAAUAGUGGUGUAGUAGUAGGUAAUGGUAACAACAGUAACUCAGUACCCACAUUAACAUUUGUACAAAAUAGUUCUGGUGGUAUUGAAUUAGUAAACCAUGGACCAAUUGCAUUAGGUGGUAAAUUAAUACCAACAUCACAAUUUACAUCUAAAAUUAAGGGUUAUUUAGUGUCAACAAAUGCAUUAGCUCAACAACAACAACAAGUGAUAAAUACAACAACAUCAACACAAGCAGCAACACCAUCAACAACAUCUACGACACCUAAUGAUAAAGAUGUUGAAAAUAUGAUUAUUGAUUAAAAAGAAGAAGA